CAAAUCCAUGCCUUCGCCUACCCCCAAGCCAUCGUAUAAGAAAAUCUCGCUGCGCUUUCAUUCGAGGAAUAUAUUGGACCGAGGAAACUGAAAGCAGGAGCGCGCGCAUCAAGGAGUUCUUCUGUCUAUCCAGCAUGGAGAUCGAGUUCCAGGAUGGCAAGCAGGAGGUUAUUGAAGCAUGGUACAUGGAUGACAGUCAAGAAGACCAGAGACUUCCUCAUCACCGUGAACCCAAGGAAUUCAUUCCUCUGGAGAAGCUUUCAGAACUAGGAAUCGUUAGCUGGCGCCUUAACCCUGAUAACUGGGAGAAUGAUGAAAACCUCAAGAAAAUCCGUGAAGCCAGAGGCUACUCUUACAUGGACAUUUGUGAUGUAUGCCCAGAGAAGCUGCCAAAUUAUGAGACUAAGAUUAAGAAUUUCUUUGAAGAGCACCUGCAUACUGAUGAAGAAAUACGCUAUUGCCUUGAAGGGAGUGGAUACUUUGAUGUGAGGGAUGAAAAUGAUCAGUGGAUCCGUGUAGCAGUGAAGAAAGGAGGCAUGAUUGUUCUGCCUGCAGGGAUGUAUCACCGCUUCACAUUGGACACUGACAAUUACAUCAAGGCAAUGAGGCUCUUCGUUGGUGAUCCUGUUUGGACGCCAUACAACCGUCCCCAUGAUCAUCUGCCAGAGAGGAAGGAGUAUCUGGACAAGCUUGUCAAGACAGAAGGUGGAAAUCAAGCUAUUGAAGCUCGCUGAGGCCACUUUGAAGCUACCUGUUGGGCUGUUCCGAUGCAUACUCCUUACUUAUGUAGUGUGUUCUGGUCAGUUUGAAGUGAAUCUGUGGACAUCGUUUCUCUCAACUGUGCGUAUCGGUUCAGCUGGCCUGACCCCUACAUUAUAUUACUGUCCAUAUAUUGAAUAAAUAGAAACGGGUGCCGCUAUAGAUGAAGGUGCGUGAUGCUGGAAGAUGAUCAAAAGCUUCCUCUGCGAAAUGCCUCUGUUUGGAUUGUGUAAACCUUUCCUGGUCCCUGUUAGCUACUGAAAUUCUUGCGUUCUGAUUUCUCUGAACCUGUAUAAUGUGAGAGUUGGUUUACGGGGUAACACCUAAGUCGGCAACAUAA